GUAAUAUUCAAUAUGAUACCAUACACUGAAUCUUGUGGGAACUAUACACGUGUACCACCGAUUGCUAAUAUACACAGUUCCUACCACAUACAACAAAUUAAUUCGAAUGGAUCUAGUUCAACUUAUGCAUCUAAUGAAAAUACCGUCUGUUCUCGAAGAGGAAGACGAUCAAAUGUUCCACCUGAAAUCAGAGAACAAACACGUCGGUUGAAGAAACAAAAUAUGGAACGUAGACGACGUGCAUGUAUCUCCGAUAAAAUGAAUGCAUUACAUAAUUUAGCAAUGAAUCUAAUUGGAAUUGAUCCAAAUAAAUGUCAUAAAGUUGAAAAAGCCGAUAUCUUGAAUUUGUGUCAAAGUGUCUUUGAAGGAAUUACAAAUAUAGCAAAAGAUGAACCUAAAUUUCAAGAACGUUUAAGAAAAUUACGCUACAAUUUGAAUGAAAUACCAAAUUCUUCUUCAAUAGCCUCAACAACAACAUCAUCAUCGCCAUUAUUUACAUCAACAAAUAAUUCCACAUCAAAUCUCAAUGAAAACAUGAAUGUGAAUGGUAAAGAUAAGUCACUAAGAAAAUCUACUCGAAAUUCACAUCAACAUCGUUCCUAUAAUCUAAGUCAACAACAUUCACACUCUACUAACAAUAUUUCCUCUUCUCCGACUACUGGUACUACCACUACUGCUAAUACUAAUACUCAAAUGUUCAGUACAUCAACCAUCUCAUCUCCAUUGCCAACUAAUGAUCACACAAUUGAUGAAGACGAUAAAGAGAACAGAAUACCGGGAUUAAUCAUUAGAAAUAACUCAUCGACUGGAAAUUACAACACACCUUAUCUUAACAAUGUUGCUGUCAGUAGUACUUGUAAUGUAACUCCAAUCUCCUCCUGCGUCACUCAUCCCUCAUCCUCCUACUCCUCCUCUUCAUCGAAAUCAUCAUUCUCAUCAUCUUCUGUCACAUCAACUCCAGUGAAUAAUCUGCAUUCACGAGUUAAUGGACUGAUUAUGCAAUGGCAGUCAACACCGUUACAGUAUAAUGACAAAUACAAUUCCAUAUUGAGUGAUUCUGAUAGUGGUUUCUUCAGUAGUGGGAUUCCGUCAAUGGGAUUCACACCGAAUGCGAAUAAUGUAGUUGGUGUUGGUAGGACAGAUAUCAGUAUAGAUUCUGCUCAGUGUACAGACUUGUGUUCUGUGAAUGUAUCAAACACAGAUCAGAGAAGUUGUAAAACAUUUAUGAGUUGUAUGAGAAAUAAGUCGUCAUUAGCACCUUCAUCAUUGUCGUGUGAUGACCAUUUGUCAGCUUUCAGAGUGCCUGUAACGCGAUCGGGGUUAGUUGAAAUGAAUAAAUCCGUUGGUUUAUGUGCUACGAGUGUUGGACAUGGUAAAAUGGAUAAUGCAUCUAUGAUCGAUUCCAUGAGUUGUAAGCGAGGAUUAAUCUCAUCAUCUACUGGAGUUACAUCUGAGACAGUAAAUACUAAAGACCCAGUAAUGUGGAGACCAUACUUAGAUUAGAAUUGAUGAAGAUUUCAGUUAUUUUUCUUGUAAAUAUUGUCAAAAGAUUUCAUUUUAAGAUUAUUUUACAUUUGACUUUUCUUAUUUAUUUUAAACAAACAGAACAAAUGCCAAUUUUCAUUUUUGAAUUAUGUACAGAUUUAUAUUGGAGUUUUUUUAGUAAUGGACAUGAGCAUUUUAUCCAUAAUGCAGUA